AGGUGGUUUAAGGUAGGAAUAUACAUCAUGUGCUGUCCUCUUCCAGACAUUCUUUCCUCUUAAGUAGAACUUGAGUUUCUUUGGCAGUUCUGAUCUUUUGAAAUACAAAAUCAGCCUUCUAAAUCCAUGAUUCAAGAGCUCCUCCUCGCCUAUUACUGCACCAGGAGGGACUGGCAAAGGGCUCCGGAAAGCACAGUCAUCCUGUGCCAAGUAGGAUUCAGGUUUCUACUUGCCUAAGCCAUCAAGGCUCAACGUUGUCACACUGGGUGCUCUGGAGAACAAGUCAGCAAAGCAGUUUAGAGGAUCUUUUGCAAAUCACAGAAAGGGAAACAAGCCCUCUGGGCAAAACACAGCCUUCUGUUCAGCCCUGAAAGACUUGAGUAUCAGAGAAAUUACUUUUCAUCUUUUAAGCUGUGGUUUAACUGAGAAAUGCUGCUGGAUAAUGGAUAACUCUCCCCAGAAGAAAAUGGAUUUGGUCAUUUCAUCAGGUACUCACUUUAAAAUUUUUUUUUUUUUAACUUUAUUUAUUUUUGAGAGAGAUGGAGACAGAGCGAGAGCGGGGGAAGGGCAGAGAGAGAGAGGGAGACACAGAAUCCGAAGCAGGCUCCAGGCUCUGAGCUGUCAGCACAGAGCCCGAUGCGGGGCUCGAGCUCACAGGCUGUGAGAUCAUGACCUGAGACGAAGUCGGACGCUUAACCUACAGAGCCACCCAGGCACCCCAGGUACUCACUUUAGAAAGGCCCAGCCAGGGGUGCCUGGGUGGCUCAGUCAGUUGAACGUGUGACUCUUCAUUUCGGCUCAAGUCAUGAUCUCACGGUUUGUGAGUUCAAGACUUGCAUCGGGCUCUGUGCUGACAGUGCAAGGCCUUCUUGGAAUUCCCUCUCUCUCUCUCUCCCUCUCUGCCCCUCCCCACUCACACUGUCUCUGUUUCUCUCAAAAAUAAAUAAAUAAACUUAAAAAGAAAGGCCCAGCCAGUAGAAGUAUAUGAUAUAUUGAAGCUUUAAUGUUCUAAUAUCAGUGGUAAAAAGCCAUGGGAACAUAGUGACUUAAUGGAUUAACAAAAAGGCAAAAAGUUUUGCCAUUUCUGCUUCAGAUAUAACUAGUUUCUUCUCUCAGAUAUAUGUGUUUCCCAAAUUAUCCCAUUAUUAUUUUUUUAAGCUUAUUUAUUUUGAGAUGGAGAGAAAGCACAAGUGGGGGGAGGGCAGAGAGAGAGGGAGAGAGAGAAUCCCAAGCAGGCUCCGUGCUGUUAGAGCCCGAUGCAGGGCUCGAACCCACAAACUGAGAUCAUGACCUAAGCUGAAAUCAAGAGUCGGAUGCUUAACCGACUAGGCCACCCAGGCACUCCUAUCCCAUUAUUAUUUGAAUCCUGCUUGUAAAUGAUUGAACUAUAUCCUCUGUGACUCCUCCCCACUGCUAGGAAAAAGGACAAAUAUUUUCCAUUCAUGUUUUGAUUUAUUUAUUGCUAGCCAACAAUUUUGAGAGGCAUAUGCAUGUAUAUUGCAUGUAUCUUUCCCCCAACAUUUCCCUGGGCGUUGUGUUUCCUCCCGUCUUGUCAUAGGGCAUUUAAUGCCUGUGACAUAGUGCUCAGAGCCCCAGCAUGAAAUUUCGGUAACCUAGAGCCUCAAAACUUCCUUCUACGUAGUUCGGCAAGUACCCAGUAGCAUACGUCAUGAGCUUACAAAUGCAAUCUUCCUGGCUGCCAAAGAGCAUCUACGGUUGUUCGUUUCUUAUCCCAGACCCCUGUUAUUCCAGUGAUGCCCUCCCCACCAGGAAUGCAUGCUGGGCCUGCCACUCUGUGUCUCAUGGUACCACAUAAUCCACAGCGAAGUGGUUUCUGCAAGGGGGCCACUUUCAUUCUCAAAACUGUGGUUCGUUGUGGCAAUUUUAGGGAUGUGGAUUUCCCCCCUUACUCCUUAUUUGGUGGUGUCCCAGAACUCAGGCAACGUGAAAAUGCAAGGGAACUAGUUCAUAAGGCUCCUGAGUAGCUUGUACAGUUAAAUUUAAGAGGGGCACCUGGGUGGCUCAGUCGGUUAAUCAUGCGACUUCGGCUCAGGUCAUGAGCUCCACUCAGGCUCUGUGCUGAGAGCUUGGAGCCUGCUUGGGGUUCUCUCUCCUCUCUCUCUCUCUCUCUGCCUCCUCUCUCUCUCUCUCUCUGCCUCCCCCACACUCUCCCUCUCAAAAUAAAUAAAUAAACUUAAAAAAAAUUAAAAAAUAAAUUUUAAGAUCGCCUCUUUCCUUUGAGGACUGUCACCGUGCCUCGCGCAUUGGAGAUUGCGCAAUGGAGAUUGGAAAGUGGCAGCUGCUCUCCGGCUGUGAGCGCCUGCCCAUUACCCUGUGACUUCAGGAAGGUUCUUUUUUCCCCUUGAGAUGCAAGCAGCUCUGGUGAAUACACCUCGCUCCUCCUCAGACAUGCCCAAAUUUGCCUGAUGCACAGGGUGUACCCAGUUUAGGCGCUCCGGCUGCAACCUCGCAUUACAUAAGCAAGACAUUCAGAUACUACUCUGGAAAGUUGAAAAGGCAGAUGAGGGGCGCCUAGGGGACUCAGUCAGGUAAGCAUCCGACAUCGGCUCAGGUCAUGACCUCAUGGCUCGUGGGUUUGAGCCCCACGUCGUGCUCUGUGCCGACAGCUCAGAGUCUGGAGCCUGCUUCGGAUUCUGUGUCUCCCUCUCUCUCUCUGUCCCUCCCCCAGUCGUGCUCUGUCUCUCUCAAAAAUAAAUAAAGACAUUUAAAAAAUUAAAAUGUGCAAAGAAGAAAAGGCAGAUGGUAUUUUUCCCCCUGGGUUCUGGUUGUUUUAUUCAUUCAUUUAUUUAUUUAUUGAGCCUCUUACUCACUACAAAUGCCUGAGUUUGAAGAUACAAAAAUCUCAACACCUCGAUGGCAAGGAGUAGUCAGCGGGAGCAAGAUCCUUCUUGGGAAAUGCUCCUUCCGUGAAGCCAGGUGUGGUCUCCACAGGUAGACGGCAGCGUUCUGAUGACAAGAGGCAGGACAAGGGGAGUGGUUUUGGGUUUCAGCCUGGGUGGCCCGCGGUUCAGGUGAUUCAGCUGAUCAUUAUUAUAAUCUCAUCAACAAUUUAAAAAUAAUGACAGAUCCUCAGAUCCCCAAAUCUGAGAUCCUGAUUCGGAAGGGCUGACAUGGGGCACAGGGAGCUUUAUUUAUUUACUUAUUUUAGAUUCUCCAGGAUAUUUGGAUGCUCAGUCGGGUUUGGAAACCACAGCGGUAGAGCUUCCUGUUCCGCUGUGGUAAUAAGGGCUGUCGGAACUCCUGGCAAGGCUAUUGCUUGCCCAGGUGAUGGUUUCUCUUCUGUUUUUUUAUGGGGCUUUUAUCAAAGUCUUACUCUGGAUCACGAACUGUGGUUAGUGCUGGAGAUAAAAUUGUGAAACUAAGGCAAAGUCCCUGCCCGGAGAACUUCAGGCUAGGAGGGGAUGCCAGAAUCCUGCGUGUGGUUGGGUGUGAGGUGCGGCACAGAACUCUGGGACGUGGUGGGACAUCGUGGGCUCAUGUCUUUCCCACGGCAGUUUUCUGGAAAAUGACUAUGUGACAGCCAUGCAGGACCUUCCGUGUCUGUGAGGCGAACCACUACGGUGAGUAACCAGAAGCGAAACGCUACGCUCAGGAAUUGUGCUUUAAUGAGCCCCCUCAUUGGCCACCUAUGUAAAUAGGCUUCUCCUUGGCUCAGUUUUACAUUGACCUUAGACAUCUUAGAUUUCUCCUAGGGAGUUUAAAGUUUCCCAACUGUGGUGGUUUCCAGGACUGAGGCCAUCGUGUACCACUCACCCCGUCAGCGGCAUCUCUGACACUCCCACGGGCCACCCCUGUAUAUCCCUAAAGCACUGGGCAGAGGAAGACGUGAGAGGCAUUCACUGCCACCCUUACAACAUCAUUUGUGUUCAGAGUGGAAGCGAGGAUUGGCUGGAGCAAGUUCACGUGGGGGAACUGACCCAACAUAACCCUCCACCAAGGGCUUAGACUUCAGUUUAUCUGUUCACAUGCUUACAAGAUGGAGAAGCUGUAAGUCUUUGUGUCUCGCUUUUUCAUGGUCUUAACUUUUGAUCUUCGCGUGCCUGUGUCUUACUGUGUGACUCAUGUGUUUGGGCGAUGAAAGAGAAUGUUGGAAAGGCCCCAAGAGUGCAGGAGGAGGAUAGAGGCAGUUUUCAAUUUAUUGCGGUCCUAGUACCAGUGCCCACAUUUCUCUCGCUCUCUCCCUGUGCCCCGCCUUUUUUUUUUUCCCAGAAAGCAUGGUAGAAUUCUAGUGAGGAGUACCUAUAAACAGGGCUUCUUUAUUUCAGAAACUUUUAAAAGAGAGUCCCCUUUCUUCUUCAGCCUAAUGCCACCUCUUUGUGAACAACAUGAGCCCUGUCUCCUCUACAUGCUUGAGCCCCGGCCAGAUGACCAGCACCAAUAACUGCUUCCCUCUCUUUGCGAAGCUCCCGUCAUCCAGGCACCUGAUGUAGAUCAUUUCACUUGAUCCCCAGAGAAAAUCUGUAAAGUAGACUAUUAUUAUCCCCAUUUGAAAGAUGAAGAAACUGAGGUUCAGAGAACUUGAAGAUCAUGUUCAAGGUCCCUGGUGAAUGGUAGAGUCGAGGUUAGAAGAUCUGGGUUUCUGGGAGUCCACAGGCAGAAGUCAGUAAUGCCUGGGGUUCUGUCAGCCCGGAAGCCCUGCUUGCUUAUGAUCACAGGGUUGCUCACCACCGGUAGACUGUCCUUUAACUGAGCAGGGGACCGAAGGGUCAUGUCUCGAGCCCUGCUCCCGCAUGCCUCUGGACUCCUGCUUUUCCUUGGAGAAGUACUCAGAGCUGACCUCCCUCUAUCGUUCGAGAGCAUUGGGGUCUGAAGCAGACGAGGGACCAAAAAGAAUUGCAAAUGCAAAUGCAAAAGCCCUAAGAGACUCUCAACAAUGAAUUGCAGGAGUCUACCCCCAAAACCAAGAGCACAUUGCAUACACCGCAUGUUAGCCAACUUGACAAUAAAUUAUAUUUAAGAAAAAGAAUUGCAAAUGCCUGGAGGUUGAAAACAGUAGAGCUAAUUUGGAACUCUCAGGACGUGACAAUCCAGUCUGAGGACUAAUAGGUUACCUUUUGCUGGCCCUCUUGAUUGCCACUUGCAUUUAACCAUUUCACUACUCAGAAGCAUGCCCUUCUAAAAGGGUAAGAUCUGGGAAAAGAAAUGAAACUGAAGCCAGUGAUUGUUGACUCCCGUUAAUAACUUUUAUAAAAAUUCGGAGAGAGAGGGGCACCUGGGUGGCUCAGUCGGUUAAGCGUCCAACCGUCAGCUCAGGUCAUGAUCUUGCAGUUGGUGAGUUCGAGCCCGGCAUCAGGCUCCGUGCUGUCAGCCUGCUUUGUUCUGUGUCUCCCUCUCUCUCUCUCUCUCUGCCCCUCCCCCACUUGCUCUCUCUCUCUCUCUCUCUCUCUCUCUCUCUCUUGAAAAUAAAUGACACAUUAAAAAAGGAAGUCAGAGAGAGAAAAUAAUGAAACUGUCUAAAGCAAAGGUUUUGUGUGACGUGUAGAUUUCCAUUACUUAUUCAUGGAAAUCUUAUCUCCUUCACCUGCAAAAGGCUAGAAGUUGGCCAUUGCUGCUGAGGCCAUUGCUGCUUGAUCUUGCCAAGAUCCGAGGUAAUAAAUUUCCCAUCACUUGGUUAGCAGCCUGUCAGGAAGGGUACAGAGGGGAUUCUGGUAUUUUACAGGAGAUUGUGCUACGUUGUUAGAUGACCUUCCACUUAAAGAAAGCUGCUAUUUAAACAUUUUUUUAAUGUUUACUUAUUUUUGAGAGAGAGAGAGAGCGUGAGCGAGCAGGGGACACCACCACAGAGCCUGAUGCGGGGCUCAAACCCACGAACUGCAAGAUCAUGACCUGAGCCGAAACCAAGAGUCGGAUGCUUAACUGACUGAGCCACCCAGCACCCCAGAGACCUGCUAUUUAAACAUUUUCAUCAGCUUAACAGCAGCCAAGGUUCUCAGAAAAACGGAAUUUUUAGAGCCAGAGAGAAGGUUAGAGAUUUGUAGCUCAGAGUUUCUCCCAACCUCAGCACUACUGACAUUUUGGGCCGCGUCCUUCUCUGUUGCGAGGCCAUCGUGUGUUCAAACUCACAGGUAGGGAAUGCCUAUAGUUCUCCUCCACUCAAGUGUGAGCAUCAAAAAUAUCUCCAAAACAUGCCAGUGUUCUCUGGGGAGCAGAUCUCCCCCAGUGAGAGCCAUCUCCUUAUAGGUGAGGACACUGGGGUCAAAGUGGUCACCAUUCUGAGACAAAAGACAAAGACAGAUAGCCUUGGCCACUUGAUCACUUCUCGUCUCUGAACAGAUUUUGGCUGGGCCUGAUGUUAGGUGACAUGCCAGCUCUGUUUCCACCCCCCCGCCACCAACAACACACCGCCCGCGUACUCAGCACACCGGGCCAGCGUGAGCUCCCCAAGGCCAGGACCAUGUCUGCGCUCUUGUCUCUCCCCAUGGCUUGGCACCAUCUGAGCACUCAGAAAUUGAAAGAAGAAAUGAAUGAGUGCUUUUAAGCUGCAGGUGCAUUGGUGGAUUUGGCCUUUGCCAGAAAACAGAGAACACAUUCAGGAACACUCUGAAAAAUUAAUCUGUUGGCUUUGCCAAGGCGUUUGAUAAUAUCACUGAGCUCAGGCUUCAGCUCUGACAGCUGUUGUACAGGUUUGGCCGCCCUAGGAAGUUCUCAGAUAGUCUAAGGUUGCUCUGUGACAGAAGGUUUGUUUGUCUCAUCAUGUCAGGAUUGCAGCCAAUAUCAGUAGAGUGAAUUGGGUUGAGUAAAAGGCCUCAUUUUGCUCAGCCUCUUUUAUGCACCGUGUUUGAGAAUGUAACAGACAUCCUAAAAGCCAGCAUUUUCAGACUCUGGUGUCUAAUUCUUUGGAACACUUUUCUAGUUCUUUUUAAAAAAAAUUUUUUUUAAUGUUCAUUUAUUUCUGAGACAGGGAGAGACAGAGCAUGAGUGGUGGAGGGGCAGAGAGAGAGGGAGACACAGAACCCGAAGCAGGCUCCAUGCUCCGAGCUGUCAGCAGAGAGCCCGACGUGGGGCCCUAACCCACAAACCGUGAGAUCGUGACCUGAGCUGAAGUCGGUCGCUGAACCGACUGAGCCACCCAGGCGCCCAACACUUUUCUAGUUCUUUAGACUAUAAGCAUUGGCAGGAAUCCUCCAGGAAAUCCUCUGUAACCCCAGAAAAAUAGCGAUGACUAACAAUGAGGACUCGGUAAGUGCUGGCCACCAUUUGAAAGUGUUUUACAGCGAUUAAUUCAUAAUGGUCAGCAUCACCCAACGAGUGGGGGAGGGGUGCUGCUACUCUUAUCGUCAUUCUUACUUCUUCAUUUUACUAAGAAAGAAGCGAAGGUAGAGAAAGGUUAAGUAACUUGUCCAAAGUUAUGCCACUAUUAAGAGGCAGAAGUAGGGUUUUGAACUGGGUGGAACUCAUGUGUUUGACCAUUAGGCUUUCUUCCCUUAGAUGUGCUUUUCCGAGUCCUAAUACUGUACAUAUUUGGUGUCUCAAUUUUUGUAAUCUUUACUAGAAGUCUCAUAUGUGUAAUUUUCCACCUUGGUCUGCCAUAAAUCAGUCCCUAACUGCAUGUACGUGGAGGGCAUGGAGUGCUUAAAGCAAGGUUUUUAUCCACAGGGUUUAUCAGCUAAAUAAGGAUCGUGUACGUGAGUAAAAUACCAGUAAACAGCAACAUAAAGAACAGGGUUAGGGGUCAGAUCACAGGAGUGUGAGUAGCCAGUGCCACCAGUUAUUAUUCAUAUGACUUAAGUAAGGCACUUACCCAGGAUUCAGUGUUUCAUCUGCAGAAUGGGAAUGAUAAUGCCUACCUCACUUGCAAAUUUGUUCUAAGGAUCUGAUGAGAGAGGAUAUUUUGAAAGUAUAUUGAAAAUGGAAGAAAUGGGUGAUUUUGCUCAAAUAUAAGAGAGGUGGUAUCGAAUGACUGUACAAAAAAUGGGUUGGAGAAACGGGAAAAGAUAUGGCAGGAAGAGAGGUGUUGGAAUUCUGCUCAGUAAAUACUAGCGAGUCACUUACACAUGGAUACUGUGCUGGGUGCACAGGAUACAGAGGAGAAUACUAGUUAUUUUAGAAGGUGGUCCACUUACAGGGUCCUAACCCAUUUGUCUUCAAAUGCUUGGUUUCUUGGAUCAGGGCGGGGACUGAAAUGUGCGAUAGACAGGAAGGAGAGAGGUCUAGUGGUAAAGUAGAAGUGGAAAGAAGGUCAACACUUCAGUAGGAUAUCAUGGGUAUAAUAAUAUGCACCACGAUGGGUGUAAAACCAUGAUGGUAACUAAUUCUUCCCAGGGAGAAGAGCUCGCAGAAACAGAGAUGAGCUGGACACUGAAGGGCACAUUGCCAUUUUCUGAGAGAAGAGCAGAGAGGGCCGAGAUAAGAGCAGAGACGUGGAGGUCUAGAACAAAGGGCUCGACAUUUUAGAGAACUGUGUGUAGUGAACUUGGAGCACAGGGCCCUUGAAGAGAGUUGGGGAGAGGAAUGGCUGAAAUUCAAGGUUGGAAUAGCAUUUCAACCCGAUUUUGCUGCAUGGAGGUGUUUUGAACCUCCUCGUCUAGGCUAGAAUGGAAUAUAGGCUUCAUCUGUUAUGGCAACUUCGUGGCGCGGAACAUGGUUCGGAGGAGGGUUCUGAGUCCAAGAUGGAGUCCUGACUGAGGAUCCGUGUGUGCUCUGGGCCCCAGAGGGAUUUACCUCCGUUCUAGGUAAGAGGAAACCUCUUCCCAGCGGCCUCAGAACAUGCUUCUAGCUAGGAUAGAGUGUGCUAAUAAGCUAAUAUAACAGUAAAGACAGGUGAUUCGGCCUGGGCUCUGGAAUCUCACGGACUGGGAAGAAAUCCGUCCCUCCACCAGUGUGACCUGAAUCAAUUGACCUGACCUCUUGAAACCUCUUUUUUCUCAAAGGGUCGUAAUAAUAGUACCAACUUCAUUGGGUGGUUAAAAUAAUGAAAUAAGGUAACCUGUGUAAAAUGCUAGGCACAUUGCCUAGACCAUUCAGCUGCUGCUGCUGCUGCUAAUAAAAACUAAUUAUGAUACUACUCACAUACAGCUCAAAUAAAAGGGAUCUAUAGAGCAGUAAUAGUGUUCAGUCUUCUCUGUGUUUGGUACCUACCAUUGCCUAGCAUGACUUUUUUCUUUUUAACAUUAGAGACAGAGAGAGAGACAGAGAGAGAGAAAAUGCAUAUGAAUCCCAAGCAGGCUCCAUGCUCAGCGAAGAGCCUGAUGUGGGGCUUGAUCCCAUGACCCUGGGAUCGUGACCUGAGCCAAAAUCGAGAGUCGAGCUCAACCAACUGAGCCGCCCCUAGGAGUGACUUUUUUAGCCAUUUUGUCACUGGAAAAAAUACCCUUGCAGAGUUCAAAUUGAGUGUAAACAGACGCUCUGUAUUUUCUCUUAGUCAUAUAACUUGUACCUCUGUGUAGGGGAAACAUCCUUAACAUGUUGGACGAGUAGUGUUGGUCUUGACGCAGAGGAUUCGGGCAGACGUAUGACCAAAGGAAGUUAUAUUCAGGGUCUCUAGUGGGCGAUAAUCCCUCCCAUCUUUGAGAGGUUCAUUUUCGCCUGAGCCCUCAGUCCAAGUAUUUUUCACUUAUGUACGAAUUUGCAUUAUAAAAGGCAUAUGAUCCAGGGGGCCAAAAGGAAUGUAUUCUGGUCUAGAGAGAGGAAAUCUGGAGUUUGUUUGGGUGUUAAAAAUGGUUGAGAGACACUGAUGCCAGCCAUUCUCUUAAUCAGAUGCAUGUAGUCCACACGAGUGAUUAGUUUCUGGUUAUAUUACCUCCAAAUGGCAUCUUACUGUAGUUUUGUUUUGCCUCUAGUAUUUGUUUACUUCUGAAUUUUAUAUUAGUGUGUUAAAUUAUAUCCAAUGAUCUACAUCCUAAGUUAUCACAGGAUUGUUUCUCUUAUUCAUAAAUCUCUGUGUAUAUUCCAUUACACAUAGAACUGAAAAUCACAAGUCAGUGAAAUUGGGGCGGGGCUCCUACAAGACAUAAUGAUUUAGAUCUUGAGGAAGAAACUAGCAGGAGUAAAAAUACUGGAUUGUGAAGAAUAUAGAAAUCAGGAGAACCUGGGGUUUGGAAUUGGACAGACCUGUGACAGAGAAGUAAAAAAGCUGGAGCUUUGGAAAAGUUAGAGAUUGGUCUUGGGCAUUCAAGGGAAAUGAAACAUAAUGGCGAACACCAAAUGGAAAGAGAAAACUUGGGGGGAAGAGGCACCCAAGCAGCAAGGACUGGGGAGCAGAGUGAGCUGACCACAGUGGCUGAAUGGAAAGUGCUGGCCUUGUUCAGGGACGGGUGCAGAAGGAGUUACAGACGGAGUCCUCAGCGAAGAGAUGGUAUGACAGAGGAAAUGCAAAUGGUGUUUUGGCAAAAGAAGGUGAAGCUGUGGGAGGGGGUAAUCCCCCAAGGGCAGGGAGACAAAUUAAGCUUGAAUGUAGGGUAGUGAUGGAUUUGGAGAAAUCAAGAUAGGGGGCGCCUGGGUGGCUCGGUCAGUUAAGCGUCUGACUUCCGCUCGGGUCAUGAUAUGGUGAGUUCGAGCCCUGCGUCGGGCUCUGUGCUGACAGCUCAGAGCCUGGAGCCUGCUUUGGAUUCUGUGUCCCCCUCUCUCUCUGCCCUUACCCCACACUCGUUCUCUCCCUCUCUCUCUCAAAAAUAAGUAACAAUUUAAAAAAUUAAAAUAUAUCAAGAUAAACAGUUGCUGUAAAGAAAGGAAAACAUCAUUAGCUCUACAUCAUCCUCCUAAACCCUGUAAAACCAGCAAUGGUGUUUCAAAAAAAACCCAACCAUUUAUAUGGUCACACUUUGUAGCGCUUUUGAUUCAGAGAGCACCGUUAAUCAGUGCCUUAUGUCUGUCCGGGAGGUUCUGCCAUUCUGCAUGAACGCUAUGGAUAGAAAUACUUUUUGUUUUCAUCUAAGUGCAAGUUCACAAAUCUUAAGGUCCACUAGAAGCUUCAGGUAGCCAGCUCUUGACAGACCUGAGGACGGUGUUAAAUCUAAAGUUCCAGCCACUGGGGCCAUGAAGACCACACUCCCAAUUCAAGAGGUCGAUUUCUUCACUGUUUUCCAGGAACCUCCCUAAGAUUUGUGUGGUGCUGUGUAAGUUUGUAGGAGUGUUUGGCAAACAGAUGCUCAAUAAUUGCUUGCAGACUCAUACUAAAAACCAUUAGUGUGGGUACAGAGAAGUUUGUGAUCACUUGCAAAUGACAGAAACAAUGAAACACUGUAUGUUGAGAAAGCAGUGCUAGAAAAAUUGAUGUGUGGUCCUCAGGCUUUACGUUUUGGGAAAUUUUUGCGGAGACACGUGCGUGUUCUGGCUAGGAAAGGUCCACAAAUAAUCUUGCAUUUUCUGUUUUAAAAUUAGCAGGCCAAAAUAUACAGUUCACCUCUGGAAAAUCAACCGGUUGACAGUGUCUUUGUCCCCGGGCGAGCAGGCAUGAGGGAGGGAAGUGGUAUGCCUCCCUGGGAUGCUUCACUGCUGGAAAACGAGUUUUUCCAAGUUUUAGACGACUUGGAUAAUAAACUGGCUCAGGAACAAUGUCCAAGCUCAGGGAAUACCACAGCACCUCUCAACUAUGGAUCAAGAGCACAGUACAGUCAUUUUUACUCCAGGGGGAACACGCACGGAAAUAUCACGGGAAGGUACCAAAACCACCAUAAUGGAGCUUCUAAUAUGUCUAUCUAUGACAUCCUAAGACCAGGAACCCCUAGGGAAGGUUUUAAAACCUUUUCUCCUAGAACAAAAACAAUUUAUGAUAUGUACAGGACAAGGGAGCCCAGACUCUCAACGGCAGAUUACGUGCAAAAGAAUAGUUUCGGUAGUACUUCUCUGUGUUUCGACAGCAGGCAGCCAUCAACUUCACCGGCUACAAUAUAUUUCACAACAAGAAGCUUACAUUUUCCAACAAUAACUCAGAACAAGAGUGGGUUUAUACCACCAAGACACCAGCAGAGCCCAAAGAGAACUCCUUUAUCAUCCAUUAUAUGGAAUAGAUCAGAUUCUUCCGGAGGUAGGCAGAGCCAGGAAGAAUUCCUGGGGGCACCUUCACCGAUGGAGAGUGACUCUGCUGACCAGUAUGUGUAUCCCAGGUGUUUUCAGGAGAAUAGGAGAUACGAAUUUUACCGUUCACAGAGUGUUUACCAAGGUGUUCAUUUAGACGCCUGCAUGGAUAAUGCAAUGAGUCCUGACCCAUUUGAGAACUCAGAAAAUAUGCCAUUCUACCAUCAAGAACACCCAUUUGCUAGAUGUUUCUCUAGCAAUACCUUUGGACAAAACAGGGAACAGAGAUUUAAACAAAGUCCUCUUUGGGGCCAACACGAAGAACAUUCUUUCUGGUCUGACUUCCCUCAAAGUAGGCAUCCAUUCACUUCUCACAGAGACUCUGAAAUGAUAUCCAUGGAAGUAUCAGCUGGUCACAGCCAUAGCAUUCCUUCUCAACACUGGGGAUCAUUUUCUCCUGGUUACAAAACAAAUAUUUUCAGAGAUCAUGAAGAGCCACAUCUCUGGCAGUUUGACUCUCAGACAACCACGCUGGAGAGCACGGAGGUGUCGCGAGGCAAUGAGAGCCAGACGACUCAUUUCAGCAUGCCAAACGUUUGCCCUGGGACUGGUCCCAGCUAUCACAGCACAUCUGGCAGGUCAGUAUGCCAACAGGGUGGUCCUCCUACAAAAGUACACCUGGACAAAGAACCUUACUCGUUUGGAAAUACUCAGACGACUCUAGCAUCCUCAUUCAACACCUCCUUCCCCCCGAUUCCCGAUGACAGAGGGAACCCUCAGAGGCCCAGCUUUCAGAAUCCCACAGUUGCUGUGCACAAAAUUAAGCCCGCCUCUCUGCCAAUAAAAAGCUAUAUGGAAGUCACUGCGACCAAGAGCGAUUCGGUCGAUUCUCCACCUCUUACUGAAAGCCCACCCAGUAUCUUGGUCACACAAGUGACUAAGGAGAAAGUCUUGAAGGAAUCUCUUUGGGAAGAAGACAAACAACUACACAAGAUGGACGGGACACACAUGACAAGUGAAGUCCCCCAACCGGUCUCACCGACAGUAACCUCUAACCAUGCCUCUGACGUUCAAAAUCCCCUCUCCCAGGAGUCAGCCAAGGACAAAGGGUUUGCUUUUAAUGCAUCUACCACAGUAAGUUCAAAGAGGUCACCUGGAGUCAUUUCUAGGAAAGAGAGCCCCAAAAUUCAUAUAUCACACAGAGAGCGAUCCAAUGAACUUAAAAAAGAUAAGAAUCACACGGGGGACAGAAAACUUGGCUCAGCAACUUCCCUUGCUUUCAUUCAGGAACGCACAACAGUGUCUUGGCCCAGCCCAGAUCAAGGUUGUCACCAGGAAGUAAGAGCAAGUACUGAAGCUAUUUCAGGCAUUAUUAAAAAUAACCACUGGAGUUCUGAACCUGCUGAUGGUCAGAAGGCACAGUCUGCAGAAAAGCCUGCUAUUUCAGAUACCAAGGAAGAACAAGGUACCACAAGUCCUUCUGCCAACUGUAGCAAACCAGCUGCUCGUCGUAAGAUCCCACGCGAUUCUUCAGAUCUGUCAUCGGGUAUACUACCUGGCUCCUCACCAUCGAAUAAUUCUUUCCUUGACACUCCGGCGAUUCCUUCAACAACAGUGUUCUCCAGGAAAAGUCCUUCGGGCAAGGAUCCAUCUCCGGGAGAAAGAGCACAAAAGGACAAUGAUAGCAAGGACCAAAGUGAUCAGUUUGCCCUAAGCCCCUCAGAAAACCCAAAGCGUAAUGAUGAGUGUGUACUUGUACACAAGGAGGAAGUUGAUGUUGCCAAAUGGCGUUCUCACUCUCCUUUCAAGGAUGGGAAAGGAAAAGGGAAAGUAAGGCGACGCAUAGCCUCUCUGGAGAAGUUAAGCAAAAUGGAAAGUAGAUCAGCACCCACCAGUGAUAACAGUAGCUCCGUGGAGAUGAAUCAAAGCAAUUCCAAGCCUCCUGAAGUUCACACGACUUCCUGCACCUCACCAACAAAAUCAGCCAGAUUUCUCAUCAAUAACAGGAAGUCGGAAAGUAAGAUAAUGGCUUCUCCGUGUAGGAAUGAACCACUUCCAUUCCAAGUCAAAAAUAAUGUGGAACACCCAGCAGGGAAGUAUACAUUGAACAAAUUCGGUCCCAGUUCUUCUGAGUCAGAAAGCACAUGUUCCAAAACAGUGUCAGACUCGGUCCCAGUAGCACCUGAAGUCACAGAGAAGGCGACAAGCCUGAAAAACAUUGGGUUUGCUUCUGUUAGAAAAGGACCACUUCCAUUCCUCAUCAAGAGGGCCGUGUCGUGUCCGUCAGGGGUACCAGAUGCCUCAGAUGGGAGAGACAAAAGAGAAGAAUGCUUGGUCUCAAACAUAGAUGCUUCUGCUGUAACACUAAAACCUUGGGAGGCGAUCAUUAGCCCUCUGGAAAAUAAUUCACCUGUUAGCGAUUUGUCUUGGCCAAAAAGACACCACCAAAAGGAAUACUUUCCAGAAUGCACUGAAAAGGAUGGUAAAAUUGCUGCCUCCGGGACAGGCCUAUUUUCCCUUUCAAACGAAGACCCUCUGCCUUUCUCUUCAGACGCGUCAAGAAAAGAAAGUGGGAAAACGUUACGUAAAUUUAAGACCACUAGUACGUUUUCUGUUUCUGGCGAUGAAGAUAAUGUAAAAUGUCUUGAGGUGGUUUCAGUAUAUUACACUCUACCAAGGAAAUACAGCAAAAAAUUCUCUAACAUUCUUGAAAAGUAUACACGAUAUAUCGAUUCACUUACGGAAUCAACUAAAGUGGAGACUGAAACCUUUCCCAAUGCUUUUGAAAAAGAAAAGCUAAAUUAUUCUACCCAAGAGCAGUCAGGAACACCUUCAUCUGAAGGUCUAAAGAUGCUGGUCACCUCUGCUCAGGAGAAGACCCACUGUCUUUCUCGCACCAGUGAAAAUAUGACCGCUUCACAAUUACCAAGCAUUUGGCCCUCAGAACCAACAUUACAGGAAGUGGAUUCUACUGAGGCACGUGUUUCUCUUCAUAAAGGAGAAUCUAAAACUGGAGAGAUUUCCCCAGAUAACUUCGCUAAAACACCCCUAGGUGAUUCAGAGAGCAGAAAAGAGAGAGGGAAAAGAUUGCAAAGCGAAACUCUGCCUCCUUCAUCAAUGCUUCAGGAAAAAAAAGGUACAGAAGAGAAAGCUGAAAACUGUCAGCAAUCCAGUAAAUCGGGCAACAGUGGUCCUUCUAAUCUCCCAGCCCAUUCAGAAGAGAAUGUUGGAAGUUCCCAAAAUGGAAGAAGUUCCGGGGAAUGUGUAGGUACUAGGAUAGCCAUCACAGCUCCUGGAACUGGAGAAGGCCUUCCGAGAGAGAUCGUGGACGGUAGUUCCAAUGGAUUGCAGCCUAGUCAAGUAAGAGGGGAAAUUGGAACAGAUUUCCAAAAAGAGACUAGUAAACCACUUUCUGACUUGGAAAGCCAAGUCUUUGCUCUUACUCCAGCUUUGCAUAAACUACAGCUUUUUGAAGGGACUUGUUCAGGUGAACCAGAUUUAGACAGUUUGCAGUCUGAACCCAGAGAGCUACCUCCAAGGAGUCAGGAGAUAAGCAUGACAGAGAACAGCAAGGCUGAAGAUGAAAUGCUAAAGUUGGCAUGGGAUCAACCUUCAUUUCCUGGAGGAAGCAGUAAACAGAAAACCAGCUUGGAUGACCCAGAAAAAGGGAAAAACAGAUCCGUAGUUAAACACAGAUUGGCAGCCAUGUCCAAAGCAAGCAGAAAAUUCCCAGUUAAAGAUUUAAGCCCCAGAAGACACGUAGCUACUAUCUUCCCCCAAAGUGGGAACAGUUCUGGCUUUGGCAGCUUAUCUCUUGGCACGGCCGAGUGCAACCUGCCGUCCCCUGAGCCUACUCCAAAGUCCAUAGAGUCCAGAAAUGAAAGCAGGUUGAGUCGCGAUAUAACGGAUGUGGAAAAGCCAGAGAACUCUCUCCAGGUUACUGUAAUACCCAGUAGAGAAGCUUCUACACACUUAAGCAAUCCGAAGUCUAACAGCAUUUCACAGCUACAGCGGAAUGGGUCUAAAAAUAUCUCAGAAUCAUCACCAAAGUAUGAGAAGUCUAAAGAUGUAACAGCAGCUCAGACUUUGGAAAGAGAGUCAAGAACUUUGGCCCAACCCACAUUCCCCAACCUCGGGGAAGCAGACUUCUCUGACCAUCAGAGAAGAAUAAACCCUCCUUUUCCUUUGGAGCCUACAGAGAAAUCUAGAGUAAGCAUUCCAAUGGCCAGUUAUCAGCAACAACAAAGAAGUGCUUCAUCUCUGGAGUGGGGACCUGAACUGCACCCCUAUCGUUCAAACAGUUUAAAAAGCAUCAAUGUGCACGGUGAUCUGGUACGCAAAAGUCAUCCUCCAAAGGUCAGGGGGCGCCAUUUUUCUGAGAGCACGUCUAUUGACAAUGCCCUGAGUGAACUGACCCUCGGGGAUGAAUUCUCUGGCAACAGCGGAUACAGUCGAAGAUUCAGAUCCUUUUCUGAGCUUUCCUCCUGUGAUGGAAAUGAAAACCGGACUUUGGGUGGCGGCAGAACAAAAAUGGGGCCUAAGUUUGCAACAUCUAUAUCUAGACCUAUUGACUAUGGAAUUUUUGGGAAAGAACAACAGUUGGCUUUCUUGGAGAAUGUAAAGAGGUCACUCACACAAGGAAGAUUAUGGAAACCAAGUUUUCUUAAGAACCCCGGCUUCCUGAAAGAUGAUGUAAUUAACCAUCCUCAGCCAACAGAGCUACCAAGCUCAGAUUCUCCUUGCGGCCAGAUGCCGGAAGAUGCCUUAUCUCCAGGCGCACCACUUUGUAUCUAUGAAAAGACUCCAGUAGACUCAGAUUGUGACACGGACACAACCACGGAUGACGAAUACUAUCUGGAUGAAAAUGACAAAGAGUCAGAACUGUGAGGCUUCUUCAGUAACAUGCAUAUAACCUUUCCACCAAAAGUCUGUAAUGGAAAUCAAGUGUACAUGUGUAUGCCCUUGAGAAGGACACAUAUAAAAAAGAUCUAGUGUGGGCAGCACCUGCUCUGAAACUACCCAGAUUCUCUUUUUCUCCCCCCACUCUAUAAUA